AUGAGUGAAUACAGUAGUACUGUAACAACCAAAAAAGCUGAGAAAAAGAAGAAGCAAAAAAGAGUGUUUGUGAGUGUUCAAACACAGACUGACGAUGUUUUUGAAGUUGAAAGGAACGAGAAACAAAAUUCUGAUUUUAAAGGGAAUGAAGAGGAAGUGAAUGGAGGGAGUAAGGAAUAAAUAAGGGAGG